CGGGCUCUACGGGGCUACGAAACGUCGGCACGAGCGCAGUUUCCCUAGCUCGGGGAAUCGGGCGCGUCCUCAGGUUGCGGAUAGAGGAACGGCCUGCAGAUAUGUAGGUUAGCCGCGAAAUAAGCAGUCCAUUCAUUUGGACUGACGAAUAAGCGGUCGCGGACAGCGAGCCCCUCGUUCGCUCGUUAACCCUGUAGAUAUGCAGGGUAGCCGUGAUAUAAGCCACUCCUAGAGUGGACGAAUAAGCGGUAGCGAUCGAGGGUAAUUCCAUAACGGGCGGGUGGGCCCGAUAGCCUGGUAAGGCAACCACCUAGGUGAAGGUAACAUCGAAAACAAAUCCCCUGGCGGCAGGUAAAACGCAGGGAAGGACACCCGUAAAACCAAACAUGGAAGGACACCAUUUGAAAAAUACAGGUACCGUUCCAGGAGUUUCGGAGACUCCAGGGCCGGCUGGGAAGAGUGCCGUUGCAGGCUCGACCCGGUCGUCAUCAAGCGACUGCAUCAAAGCCGUUGGACUGGUGAGGCAGGGUCCAGGGGGCGUUCGCGCCCAAGCUACUGUCGGAGGAUGUGCCAAGCAGGCAUCCUCCAGUGACCUUAGGGUCACUGAGGUAACUGCUGGUGGCUUAGCUACCAUCGAGGAGAUGGUGGACGACUGGGAAGGCGUGCGUGAGCGUUUUCGUGACGACAUGCCGCUAACUCAGUCGGAAUUCACUAGAUGGAACGGCUGGCUCCAAAGCAUGGAAACUGGAGGAUCGACGAUGGACUCGUUCCCGUGCGGCUCAUUCCGGGCGGCUGAAUCUUUCCGGAGUUCAGUGUCGACGGUACUGAAGCUGAUGAAGAGGGACCUGGACGACGGAAGUCCAUUCGCCCCGGAAAGGAUUAAGGAGUAUAAUCCUUUAGAGGGUGUUGAUGAGCCCGAGCUAAGAGCGGAACUCAUCGAGAAAUGCAUUGCUAGUCGCCGAGGGGAAGCUGCGGUGGAACGCCUCACGGGCGUUGCUCGCUUAGUCGCUUCGGAACUCUUAUCCCGCUACAACGACAGCGGGAUAAUGAGAAGCAUGGUUCGUGGGCUUUAUCAGGCCGUUGAGUACUUCGCGUACACAGAAGGACAAAUAAAGCAGGAAGUGACAUCUCCUUUGGAUGACGAGGACGAGAUGAUGCGGACGGGCGACCGUCGUGGAAGCGGUGAGCCUUCCCCUGAGGAAGGUUCAUCGACUCGCCCGCGCUGA